CCCUUUCAGUGAUAAACACAAACACAACAUAACAGUACGUAUUGUCCGUCAAAGCCGUGGAUCAGCUCUUGGAUGUCUUAACCGCUUAUACGAACCCCUCGGUGGACAUGGAGGACGACUUGAAGAGCCACUACGACUGCAUUAUCACCGGGACUGGACUGACGCAGUCGGUGGUGGGGGCGGCGUUGGCCAGAGUCGGCAAAAGUGUGUUUCAUUGCGACCAAAACCACUUCUACUCACAGGAGUGGCAGUCCAUGAACUUCACGCACGCCGUCAACUGGUGUCACACCACACAUACCGGUGCCGCCAUCGAUGGCGAAUCGGGUGCCAGUGCUCGCCAUCAACCCCUACCCGCGUCCACACACCCGGACCUACGACUGCUGAGGGAUCGGGAGCUGUACCGCAACUGCCGAAGAGGUGAUGUCGUGUCAAAUGUGUGCCAAAUAUCCUAUUUAUGCGAUGAGGACGCGCCGGACGUCACCCCAACAGCUCCUGUCGCUCCCGAAGAGGUCGAUGUCGGGCCAGUGGUGGCAGAGAUGGCGCCCGACGUAGCGGUGGGUGAGGUCGCGGCCGCCGCAGCCCAACCAGACGGUGAUAAUGAGGCGCCGAUGGAGACGACCGCCGAUGACGAUAGGCCUCAGAGUUGGUCGCUCUUGAGGUUCAACCUCGAGAGCCGGCGAUUCAAUUUGGAUCUAACGCCACGACUGCUCUACAGUCGCGGCUCAAUGGUCGACCUCCUGGUGUCGUCCAAUAUCUCGAGAUAUGCCGAGUUUAAGGCGAUUACACGCAUACUGACCACCAUUGAUGACCAGAUAGUGGAGGUGCCGGUCAGUCGCGGCGAUAUCUUCAACAAUAAGGACGUGUCGGUGAUCGACAAGAGAAUGCUUAUGAAGUUUAUGACAUUCUGUAGCGAAUACGACAGACAUUACGCCGACUACGAGAAGUAUGAGAACCAACCGAUCGGGGAAUUCCUAUCGGCACAAAACCUGUCGCCAAUCCUCCAGAACUUCAUACUCAACGCCAUUGCAAUGGCACCGGACACCUGUCCCACGAAGGACGCCCUAAAACUGAUUCAUAACUUCAUACACAGCGCCGGUAGGUUCGGGAAUACGCCUUUCCUGUUCACGCUGUACGGCACGGGAGAGCUGCCGCAGGCCUUCUGCCGACUGUGCGCUGUGUUUGGCGGCACCUACUGUCUGAAGAAGCGCUGUGACGCACUGGUAGUCGACGACAGCAAUGCGUGCAAAGCGGUUGUGAUGGACGGCCACCGCUUUGACUGCGAUUUCGUGGUCACCGACUAUACGGUCGCCGAUUGCGAGGGAAAGGCGUGUGAGACGAGUGAUACGGACGUGAAAUACAUAUCGCGAGCCAUUCUGAUCAGCGACGGGUCGAUCAAAAGGGCCGAUACGGAGCACCUAUCGCUCCUACACAUACCGGCGUCGGCCGAUAAUAAGGCGCCGGUUUUUCUCAUAGAAGUCGGUUCAUCAGCACUGGUCGCACCCAAAGGCCUUUAUGUGCAGUACUUGUGGUGCGACUCAAUGGGCGAUAAUGCGAAACACGAUUUGAUGCCAAUCGUGAAAAAGUUAUACAACUUUACGCCCGAAACGGACGCCCAGAAGCCGAAAGCCCUGUGGAGUGUGUACUUCAACCAGAGGUGCACUAAACCCGUUAUUCCCGAUCUGCCCGCAAAUGUUUACGUCACGACUCCUCCCAUCAAUGAACUAGACUUUGAUUUCGCUAUAAAUGAGGCCCGAACGAUAUUCAAGUCGAUGUACCCCAACGAGGAAUUCCUACCGCGAGCUCCCGAUCCCAAUGAGAUUAUAUUCGAUGGCCCGCAGAAUGAUGUAGAGCUGAAUGAGCCCAACAACCAGCCCAUGGCACCGAUCGAGCCGUGUAUUUGUGUCCACGAGUCGGACAAACAGAUAUCAAUCGCAUGUAUGGGCGCUGAUGUCGACGACUAUAACAUCGAGAUAAUCAUCGAUAAUGUCAACCAUUAUCUCCUCUCAAACUCGCAAACUAUACUCAAAAAGUUUCAAAUGACAAACACCUCGGUCACUGAACUAACUGAAAGGGUGUUUGGGAUAAUACCGUACGUAACCGUCGAGGUCUACGACAAUAAACUCCUAAACCUCUCAAACUUCACCGAAAAGUCGUUGAUAUCAGCCUUAUAUACACUAAAAUCGUUUUACGCCGCAAACAACCAGUUAUACGACAGCACCGGUAGUCAAUUGGUCUCAGCGUUUGCCAACUUUCCACACCUGGAGUACCUGACCAUCAAAGAGAGUAAUGUAGAGAUCAUAUCCAAGAACUCGUUCCCCAGUGUCCGACAAAAUCACAUAAAAUACUUGGAUUUGAGUGGCAAUGGCAUCACACAUGUGGAGGAAUACGCUUUCCACGGAUUAUCGCAUUUAAUUCAUUUGGAUUUAAGUAACAAUAGUUUGACUCAAUUGGACGCCAACUCGUUGGCCAUCCGGAGCCCAUCCGCCCAACCCUUACAGCUAUGGCUGCAGUCAAACCAACUGACAUCCCAUGAGUUGAGCCCUAAACUGUUCCCGAGUAUUAAGCGUCCAUUAAUGGUGUUUAUGGCCGACAAUAAUAUGCAUUACUUUCCCGAAAGUGUCUUCAGGGAAGUGAUUGAAUCCGAUGAUUAUUAUUUGGUUGACGUCAACGACAACCCAUUCCUCUGCGACUGUGAGCGACAUAAAUGGCUGUUCAGUAUUGAUAGGCAUUUGCGGUCAAAGAUCCGGAAUAUGUAUUGCAGUGAACACACCAUUUGGCACUUCGAGGACAUUGUCACUAAGAAUUGUGUCUAA